AUGAAGACCACUCACUUAGUCUACUUGACGACUCUCACAGUUUUCUUCAAUACUAUCAAUGUAUUGGCAGAAGGUACUUUCGGUGGAUGUUUCACUCAGCAGCCCUAUGGGGAUUACAGUCAAGAGACCAGUGACCCCGAGGUCUGCGCAAGUUCCUGUUCAACCACAUACUCCGAUAUAGCAUAUGGGGAAUAUUGUUUUUGCACCGCGUCGUAUCCUACGCAUGGUUACAGGGUAAACGGCGAUUUCAGCACUUGUAUUUCUGAAGGAAACUCUGCUCUGUAUAUCGACAGUACCACUUUCGAUUUCGAUCAUUGUUCGACGGCUUUUAUUACAUCCUUCAAUGAUCAAGACAGUACACAAUAUUCGACAGUCACCGGUGUGGUUGGUUGUCUCAAUCAAUGUUCAACUUCCAGAUACGCCGUAUUCAGUUAUGAUAAUACCAAAGGUUCUUACGUGUGCGCCUGUGGAGAUGAUAUAUCAGAAGAUACCCCCGAAACAUGCGGAUCCGACUCAGCUUUAAUAUACUCGCAUCCAGCUGGAGCUGCCGCUUCAGGAUUAGCUCGAAGAAGUGCAAGAGAAGCAUUAAGAAGAUCCAGACAAGCUGCUCUGAUCCAAACUUGUCCUAAAGGUUUGACAGCUUGUGUCAUCCCUGGUCUGGAGGGAACAGACGCUUGGGAGUGCGUUGAUACUCAAAACGACCUUGAAUCAUGCGGUGGGUGCUUACACGGCUCCUACAAAAACUCUACUACCGCUGUCGGUCAAUCUUGUCAGAACCAAAAGGGCAUUAAAUUAGGAGGAACCACUUGUCAAGCUGGUAAAUGUGUUAAUUACGGUUGCGCCUCAGCCUAUCGAUUGGUGGAUGGGGAUUGUAUUGCCAUCUGA